AUGGUGGAUUUUCCAGGAUACAGUCUGUCUGGUGCAGUCGCCUCCUUCUUCUUCAUUUUGCUGACUAUGAAGCAGGAAGAUGACUUUAGAGUGAUUGGUCCAGCUCAUCCUAUCCUGGCCAGGGUUGGGGAAGAUGCCCUACUCACCUGUCAGUUGCUCCCCAAGAGGACUGCCAUGCACAUGGAGGUGAGAUGGUACCACUUGGAGCCCAGCACACUGUUGUUUGCAUAUAAGGAUGGAGCAGAGGUGACCGAGAUGCAGAUGGAGGAGUACAGAGGCCGGGUAGAGUGGAUACAGGACAACAUUGCAGAGGGAAGUGUGGCUUUGAAGAUACAUGAUAUUCAGCCCUUUGACAAUGGACAAUACUGGUGUCGCUUCCAGGAUGGGAACUAUUUUACAGAAACAAGCUUGCUGCUCAAAGUAGCAGGUAUGGGGUCUACCCCUAACAUCCACAUGGAAGGAUCUGGGGAAAGCGGAUUCCAGUUUGUGUGCACUGCAGGGGGCUGGUUCCCAGAGCCCCUGGUAUAUUGGAAAGACAACCAGGAAGAGAGGUUGCUGACAGUGUUUGAGAAUCACAUCCCAGAUGAAGAUGGCCUGUUCUAUGUGGAAGACACCCUUGUGCUCCAGGAUGACUCUGCAGAGACUGUGUCCUGCAUCAUCCAUAACCCUGUCCUCACUGAGAAGAAGGCAUCAAUUGUCUACAUCCCAGAGAAAUUGCAGACCAAGAUGGCUUCCUUAAAAGUGAUUGGACCUUCUCAGCCCAUCUUUGUUGGAGUGGGAGAAGACAUACAGCUAAACUGUUACCUUUUCCCCAAGGCUGACGCACAGAACAUGGAGGUGAGGUGGUUCCGGUCCCACCGUCACGCAGCUGUACAUGUGUAUGUGAAAGGGAACCAUGUUCCUGGGGAACAAAUGGCAGAGUAUAGAGGAAGGACUACGCUGGAGAUUAACACCAUCAAUGAGGGCAGAGUGACCCUGCAGAUACACAGUGCCAGACUUUCAGAUGAUGGAAAGUACCACUGCCUUUUUGAACAAGGUGGUGUCUAUCAGGAGGCCACUUUGGAUCUGAAGGUGGUCUGGCUUCUUCCCCACUGA